UGUCGUCAAUCUUCCCGUCAGACCAUAAGGAAGUCUAAAGCUGAGAGUAUCGAUUAGGUUUAAGGUGCGCUUCAGUAAGAGUCUGCUUUCUUUGAUUGUUGGGACGUUCGUGAGACAUUUUGGACAGUUGAGCUGACAAACUUCAGUGAUUAAAGAUGCUGGUGUCACAACUGCUCUUGAAGACUCUGGAGGACCUGAGUAGACAUGACUUGAAAAGAUUCAAGUGGUAUCUUGCUCUCAAUAACUUGAAAAACUGUAAACGAGUUCCCCUGUGCCAUCUGGUGAGCUCACACUGUCGUGACACUGUGAGUAAGAUGAUAGACAGCUACGGUGAAGAAAAGGCUGUGAGCUUGACCGUUGCGAUCCUGAAGAAGAUGGAGCACAACAGCGCUGCAGAGGAGUUAGAGAAAACAUACGCAGAGGGAGCAGCAGCUCAGGAGAAAGUCUCUCAUGCAGAUGUAACCUCCUCCUCCUCGUCUGCUUUGGAUCUUCCAACUGAUCAGAAAAUUUCUACUGAUGGAGCAGCUGGUGCCAUCACUCCUAGGGCUUCAAAUGCCACUAAUGACAGCAUGAAUAUCAGUGGUAAUGUUUGCAGGAAUGCUGGCAGUACCGUUAGCAGUAAUGAUAGCAUGGCUGUCAGUGGUAAUGUUCACAGAAAUGUUGGCAGUAUUGUUUCCGGUAAUGCUAGCAUGACUGUCAGUGGUAAUGUUCACAAAAAUGUUGGCAGUAUUGUUUCCAGUAAUGCUAGCAUGACUGUCAGUGGUAAUGCUCUCAAAAAUGCUGGCUGCAUUGGUGGCAGGAAUGUUGGCAGUAUUGAUAGCAUGAAUUUCAUUGGUCAUGUGUUCGGAAAUGUUGUUUACACUGUUAACGGUGAUGGUAGCGUGGUUAUCAGUAAUAAUGCUUGCGAAAAUGUUGAGGAUGAUAUUGGCCGUGUUGCUGUCAUAAACUGUGAUGUGAUUAUCAGUGGUAAUAUUGUCGGUGAUAUUGCCGGAGAUGUCAGUGAUAUUAUUGGCAGAAAUGGUAAAGUGAUUAUUAAUGGUAAUAUCCGCGGAAAUGUUGGCCCUAUUGUUGGCUGUAAAUCUGUUUUGGUUAUCAGUGGUAAUGUCCGCGGUAAUGUUUGGGGUAAUCGUAGAGUGAUUGUCUCUGGUAAUGUCAGAGGUAAUAUUUGGGGUACUGAUGCCACUGAUGGUAGUCUGAUCAUCAGUGGUAAUGUUGGCGGUAAUGUUGGCGGUGAUGAUGAAGAUGGUAUUGGGGAAGUUGUUGACAGUUUACGUAGUAUGAUUAUCAGAGACGUUGGCCAUCAUGUAUCACUGAGCACAAACGAAUGCAAAUACCUUGGAUUUAAAAACCCAAUAGGCAAUAAAACAGAUUCGUAUUCAUAUUCAUAUUCAUAUUCUUAUUCUGAUUCUGAUUCUGAUUCUGAUUGAUUCGGAUUCUGAUUUGGAUUCUGGUAUUUGAUCAGUUAGAUAAGCCCUCCAACGGCCCCAACACUUCACCAUUUUUCACCCAUGCUGACUAUUACUGGGGGGUUGACUGUGCUGUCCUCAAUUGACCUAAGGCUAAGCCACGCCCCCCUCCACUCACUUGGACAAACUAUCAAC